UAUCUCCAUACACACUAACUUUGUAGUCUUUUCGAGAUCAUAAAUUUGGUCUCUAGCUAUCAUUUUUAAGGGACAAUAUGGCCUCAAACUAUGUCAAUUUGCUUUAAACUACUAUCACAAUCUAAACUUUGCCUUGAGACUUUUGCUUAAGGAUUCUUGAUUUGGCCUGAGACUUUUACUAGAGAAAUUAUGGAUGACAAAAGUGAUGUGGAAAUUAAGCUUGAUGAAGUGAUGCUGCCUGGUUUUCGAUUUCAUCCGACAGAUGAAGAGCUGGUUGGGUUCUAUCUAAAGAGAAAGAUUCAGCAGAGAUCUCUUCCUAUUGAGCUCAUCAAGCAAGUCGAUAUUUAUAAAUAUGAUCCAUGGGACCUUCCAAAACUAGCAUCUACAGGGGAAAAAGAGUGGUACUUUUACUGUCCAAGGGACCGUAAGUACAGGAAUAGCGCCCGUCCAAACCGUGUAACAGGAGCUGGUUUUUGGAAGGCCACUGGAACUGACAGACCAAUUUAUUCCUCUGAUAGUACCAAAUGCAUUGGUCUGAAGAAGUCCCUAGUCUUCUACAGAGGAAGGGCUGCCAGAGGCAUAAAAACUGACUGGAUGAUGCACGAGUUUCGCCUUCCUACGACUAACAGCGAGUCAGGACCACCUAAGAAAUUCUUGGAUAAGAAUUUUCCACCAAAUGAUUCAUGGGCCAUCUGCAGAAUAUUCAAGAAAACCAACUCAAUGGCAAAUAGAGCUCUAUCUUAUGCAUGGGUAAAUCCGUUAUGUGAAGUAGCAUCUCCAGAGUUGUUCAAUCAAAGUGCAACUGUUCAUUUCGUCUCGGAGAAUGUCUCUUCUAUAAAUGAAACAGGAUCAGUUCCCCACCUAUCCAGUAAUAAUGACUUACUUCAAGGAACCUCAAAUGUUCCUUCAUAUAAGUCCCUUAAUACAAUGGUUUCAAGGCCAUCUUUUCUUUCAAACCCUAGCACAGACAUUUCCUAUAACUUCAUGUUUUCGUCCCCUGAGGUUUCAGGACAAAACAAUAGGUGUUUACUGGACGCGAAUUCCAUGUUUUUCAACACAUCCCCUGGCUUAAUCACUGAUAUCAGCAAGACCAUAGAGUUUGAAGGUCCAAAUCAACAACUGAACAGCUUCUCAAUUAGUUCAUCACAAGAGAUGCAAACAAGUAUAAGCAUGGAAGAUGAUGAAGCAGGAUUAAGGAGUAAUCAAACUUCAACAAAUGAUAAUAUUACUGAAUGGGAAAACAUCAGAUCAGUUGGAUUUCCUUUGGCUGAUGAAUGGAAGCCUAGUUUGUCAUGGGAUUCUCCUCCCUGUCCUAGUGACAUAUCCACCAGUUUCUCAACAAACAAAUGCUACAACUAGUUCUACUACCAAACACAACCUCCUAGCUUUGUGUACAGCUAGUUUUUUUCCCUUUCCUCAUCCAGUAUCUGAAUUAGUCGAGUCAAUCAACUUCAGAUACCGGAUGCCUUUGGGAAGAAAAAAAACGAAUCUAGCCAUAGCACUAAAAAAAAUAGCUAUAUUUUGUUAAAAGUUAUUGUACAGCUUUAUGUUUUAUUUUCACUGUUUUGGCUUGG